UUGCAAAUGACAUGGCUAAUCAUAUUUAGUGUUGCCUCCUGCAAGAAAAACGCCUGCCGAUUCACCGACGAACGAUUGUACAGUAAAGUAGAGAUAAAAGUAGGUAGUUAAAAUGAAGUUGCUUUUAGUGGUCGUGCUUGCUUGCCUCUUUUGGAUCACAGACAUCGAAUGUUUAGAAAGUACACCCUCCAUUACGAAGUCGCUCGAUCAAAAUCAACUCAAUCUUCAUAAAGUCUAUUUUGAGUUGGCCAAUGAGAGAGAAUUCAGCCCGGGGACCAAGGUGGCACUGAUGACCCUGACCGUGACAACAUUCACAGCCUCGCUUGUGUGCAACUCCCUCAUCAUUCACACAAUACGUGUAGUACCGGGCAUGCGCAGUACCACUAACCUCUUCAUCCUCAAUAUGGCGCUGGGGGACAUCAUCACUUCAAUUUUGUCAGCAAGUCACGCAAUAAGAACUACGUUAUUUGGAGAGCAAUGGAUCUCGGGAACUCUUGGCGAAGUCACGUGUAGACUGGACUACUAUGGCCUUUCUGUUGGAACGCUCCUGUCUGUGUCCAGUCUCUUGGUGAUGACAGUGGACCGACUCUUCGCGGUGCGGAGUCCUUUAAGGUAUAAGUCGAGCACGAGGUGGCCGAAAUUCGCUAUCCUCUUCGUGUGGCUGUUUUCAUUAGCACUCCCGGUGGAUCUAACUUGGAACAGUUUCACGACAGUAACCUUCUCGCCUGCUGUCACUAACACAACGGAUUCUGGGCGUUUAUACUGCUUUUUCGAGAAGUCGACAGAGGGGCAAAUCUGGGCGCUAGCUGUGUUGGUAUUAGGGUAUGGUCUGCCAUUGGUUCUGAUGCUGAGUUUCUACGGAUGCAUCGCGUGGAUUCUAUGGAGGAGAAAAGUCCCAGGCGAGGCAGAACAGGCGCAACGUAAUGCCCACAGAACCGCAAAGAAGGUGACAUGGAUGGUGGUCGCUAUUAUGUCUGUGUUCGAGAUUUGCUGGACGCCGUUUUUUGUCAUGUGUUUUAUCAAUGUAAAAUUCCCAGUGCUGUUACUUGCAACUCCUGGGGAACUGAUGCCUGUUAGCUACAGCAUUGUACAGCUCAACGGGCCUCUGAACAUGGCGAUUUAUGCUUUCUUCAACGAAAACUUCAGAAACGGUUUCAAGCAGACAUUGAAAUGUUUCCGUCGAGUUGCAGUUCAAGAUGCGAAGUCUGUCAAUCAAUUGACACUCGGUAUCCUUUAGAUUGAGGCACAGAUCACCAAUUGUGCUGGUUUUUGGACAUGUAAGAGUACAUCCCCGCCUCUGGAGACCCAAUAGCGCGGGUUUAUGAACACAUCCAUCCCGCCCUCGGGGACGCAAGGGUAGGAGUUCCUGAACAUGCAACCAGGGUUUACACACCCUGAGACCCGUGGGUGCGAGCUUGCGAAUUCCCCAUGAAGACCCGAGGGCGCACUUCACCCUGACGACCGGAGGGUACGAGUUUAGGCCCUCCCCCUUAAGAGCCGUGGGUGCGAGCUUGCGAAUUCCCCCUGAAGACCCGAGGUCGCACUUCACCCUGACGACCGAAGGUACGAGUUUAGGCCCUCCCCCUGAAGACCCGUGGUUGCGAGUUUGCAAAUUCCCCCUGAGGACCCGAGGGCGGUAGUUUACGCACUCCGCCCUGACGGUGCGAGUUUAGGCCCUCCCCUGAAGACACGAGGGUGGACGUUUCAUACACAGCCCUGAAAACUCGAGGAAUCGGGUUUACGCACAGUCCUGACGAACCGAAUGUGCAAGUUUAUGGAAAUCUCCUCUGGACUUCUCUUCCUGUUUAUGAACACUCCUCACAGACACCGAGGGCGCGGGUUGAUGACCCCUUCCCCACAAAUCCCCAACACACACCUCUAACCCUAAUAUCCCUGAAGGGCCAGGGGAACGAGGACUGAGUACGCCGAGAGAAAAUAACACUUCUAAUUUCCUCGAAGAUAUUUUUAUUUCAACUGUGGUUGUAUCAGCCAAAUUGCAGGUAUCGUUUAGCGGCGACUUUCCCCCGUGAUAUGCGUGUGUACCGUAGUACACUAAUAGUAGGGCACGAGUCAGUGGCGGAAUAAGAUAUUACGCCGACUUCUUGAGACCUAACUACAACUUGCAUGGCGCUUAUGCAUAUCACGGGCUGGACGACUAUUCGUCAUUAAUAGAUGGCAAAGCAAAACUACCACCACUAUCAUAUAUAUAUAACACCUUGAAACGUAUUUACAGUCAAUAUUGAACGAGAAAUAAAGCAUAUUGUCCGAUAUUGAA